CCUCAUCGUGCCUUCUUCACUUGACAAACACAAACCACAAGCUAGCUAGUUUGAUAUCCCACACUGGCCAUGGCUAGUUUCGACGUCACCCCUUACAACGGUGCCUCCGUGGAGAACACUAAGCUUCACUUCAAGAAGUUGUACUUGCGCCAGAACACUUCUGGACCCAACUCGAACCAGACAAAGUUGAUAGACGGCGAUGUCGGCAGCGAGUUCGGGAGGACCGCCGUCACCAACUGGGCCAUCCACGACGGCCCGAGCCCAGGUGCCAAGGUGGUGGCCCGUGCGAGAGGCCUGCAUGUGAACGCUGUCGACGACCACAGCUCAUUUACCAUGGUUUUCGAGAGUAAGAGUUUCAAAUGUUCCACGCUUGAGAUAAUGGGAGCAAUUGCCCUGGGCCAAGGUGACUGGGCCAUUGUUGGCGGGACCGGCCAAUUUGCAAUGGCGCGUGGCGUCGUCCAAAGAUUCGUGUACGAAAGAUCAGAUCACGGACAAGUAGUAGAGCUUGCUAUCGAAGCAUUCUGCCGCGCCAAGCUUCCAUGGCCAAGGGGAGAAGAUGGACCCAUGGCACUUCGCGCGGGCUUUAAUCAUCAAUAUGACAAGCUCAAGCCUAGCCCAGCCCUGCCGGGGGGCUCAAAAGUCGAGCCCAAGACCGGCCCACUAGGCUUUAAACCUAAUAACCCCAAGCCCGGCCCGGCCGUGCCGACAGCCUCAAAAGUCAAGCCCAAGACCAGGCUAACAGGCUUCGCAGUUCCCCCGGGCUUUAAAUCUAAAUAUGACAAGCCCAAGCCCAAGGCCUAGGCCCUGGAUUUUCGGGCCGAACCGGAGAUGGUCAGCUUUAACUGUAAUAAGCGUCAUGUUUUGGGCCCAAUGUUACAGCGUGAUGGUUAAUUAGGAUUCUCCAUAUGCCCUUGUGAUCAUUGGCCCUUUUUACUUCCGAGUGCUUUUGUUGUCACCAGUUAUGCCAUUUGUGUUCCAUGUGGAUUAAUAAAGUUGUUGCUGCACCGUUCAAAAAAAA